AUGGCUUUCCUUCGAUCAAUAUCCGCGACCUCUAUGCUUCUUUUAGCAUUGGUAGUCAUUGCCUCCGCAACUGAUUAUGGGUAUGGUCCAGCACCAAAGUUAGGAGAUUCCAAACCCGAAACAGUUUAUGGGGCGCCACACCCCACAAAACCAGACUAUGAAGUGCCCAAACCAAAAGGAAAAGAUGAACAGAAACAGCUUCCCACAAUCAUUGGUGUCCAAGGAGUUGUUUUAUGUAAAUCAGGCUCUAAUUACUUCCCAAUUCAAGGAGCCGUGGCACGAGUUACAUGUGGAUGUGUGAAUGAGCUUGGGUACGAGACAGGUCCUAUCUCAGCAUUGAGUCAUAUAACGGAUAAGAAAGGUUAUUUCUUUGCUACAUUGUCACUUGCGGAGAUUGGGUCUAAGUUGAAGCUUACUGAAUGCAAAGCAUACCUAGAGAGUUCUCCAUUAGAGACAUGUAAAGUUCCCACCGAUGUGAACUACGGGAUCAAGGGUGCUCGUCUUUCUUCUUAUCGCCUCCUUGACAAUAAGAUCAAUUUGUACACUGUGGGACCUUUCUUCUGCACCUCGCAACCUAAACCAGUUCCUAACGGUUAUUGA